UUUGUAGAAUAUAAUUUUACUCCUACGUAACCUUAUUCUUUCCUUUCCGUUCAGUUCUUUUUUACUCUCUGUCUCUUUCUCUAAUAUAUAGAAGAAAAUUUUUCUUUUUCUAAAUAGAUAGAGCACGAACCUUUAGGACGUCGUACGUACUAUUUUACUUACAUCAGUGGAGUAAGAGCGACGGUGUCGUAAAUUUUUUGAUAACAGACAGUAAUAUGAGAAAUAUUAUUUCUUAUAUCAGAAAUAUUUCAGUAAUAAAAAUAUUUGAACUUCUUUAACGUUGAAUGUGAAGGCUAAAAAAAGUUCAACGAUGCCGACGAACGAUGCAAGACGCGAUGAAAUUCGCAAGAUUCUCCUAUCGUUGCUGCUUGCUCGACCGGGAGCAAUACCGAUCGCUGUUCUUGAUCGAGAUUAUUACGAAGCAGAGGGCGAGCGUAUACCAUGGCGUAAAUUUGGCUAUGCUGAUGUGACGGAAUUUCUUAAAAGUAUGCCAGAACACUUUGUAAUCGAAUGGUGCAAUGGUGGGCACUACGUGCGCGGAAUCGCAUCAGAGAAAACUAAACACGUAAGCUCGCUGGUAUCCCGCCAGAAGUCGACUUCAAAAAAAUACAUUGCGCCUCGUAUUCAUCGGUCGUUCAUUAAUCGUUGCAUACCGCAAAUGCAGCGUCAACGAGUCAGGAUCCCAGCCGAGCAGUUAUCAUAUCUCGUAACAUUUGUCAAGAACAAUCCAAAUGGUGUGUACUUGCGAGAUGCUCUAGCUAUGUUACAAAAGCAAUUGCCACAUGUCAUGCUUUCUUUAUACGAUAUGCGGGAACAAUUGCACGAGCUACCACAUUCCUUGUAUUUGGACUGUGAUAUGAUUUAUCCCGCGAACGAUGUUUCACGAGAGGCAAAGAACUAUCAACAGUCUUCGACAUUGGAACCACAGAAAAUGCCACGAUCGUCAGCCAUGGAAACAACAUGCGUCGGUGGAGAUGAGGGAUCUGACUUUCUGGAGGACGAGGAUAGCGAAGAGAAUAGCUUUGUCCCGGUCAAGUAUUUGAAUAACAACUGUCCAAAGAAAUCGAAGACGAGUGAACGACUUGCUGCGAGCUUUACGCGGAAUGCGAAUAAUGAACAAAACGCAAUGUUCAAUCACAAUGACGAUGUCAACGUCGACGAGUAUUUUGGCGCGACGAAUAACAAUAAUAAACCGGAUACUAUGACCGCCAAUUACGUUGAUCUUUCCUCGUUAAUAAGCGAUAGAACAAAGUCGCGAUUGGAUCAGUUAGUACGCAAACAUCCAGAGGGUAUCUGGUGUGCCGAUUUACCCGACAAAUAUUUAAAGGAAUAUAACGUACAUCUAAAUUACACCGAAUUAGGUUUCACUAGCGUACGCGAGUACGUCUCUUAUUUACCGAAUAUUUUCUAUAUGACACGGGCAAAUUCGACCGAUGACUUUUUAUUGUAUAGCGCGGACAAGAGGCCGACAGUUCCUGACCAAGAAGUAUCGAAAUCAGAGCCCAUCGAAAUAAGUCCAAGCUCACGCGAGCAGCACAAUGAACACAAUGCAGUGCGAACACAACAUGACGAUGAUGAUAACGCACCGAUUCCAGCGAAUGUUUCUCCUACUAUAACAAGGACAUUUGUACCUGAUGAUGUAAUGAAUUACAAUGAUAGUGUGGACUUAAUAUUAGUGACUGAUUUACAACGUGACAGAAAACAUCUAGAGAUAUAUGUUGUAGAAGUAUUUAAUCCAUCCUUCUUUUGGGUACAUCUGCGAAAAAACAAGAGACGCUUUGAAAUAUUUAUGAAUGAGUUACAUACUUUUUACGAGUAUAACAAGGAUAAGUACACUAUUCCAAAGAUUGCUCUAAAAAAAGGUCUAAACUGUGCGUGUAUAUAUGAAAAUAACUGGCAUAGAGCGAUCAUUAAAUCUGUAAAACCAGAUUUCAAAGUGACAGUGAUAUUUUAUGAUUUCGGUACUUUGAAGACAUAUGCACCCGAAGAUGUAUAUUAUCUGCACAAACAGUUUUCCUUUUUACCUGCGCAAGCGCUACCUUGCGGCUUAUAUAACGUUAAACCAUGUGUUGGUGAUCGUUGGAAAAAAAGUGUAACAGAUAGCUUGAUUGAUAAAAUUGAGGGAACUCUUUUAGCCUUAACCAUAAUGUCUGUUGAUCCUGCGAAUAAUUCCAUGAUGGUUAUUUUGUCUGAUGUGAGUGAAGAAGAGGACGUACAUAUAAACGAUUGGUUAAUCAAUGAGAAACUAGCACAAUGCGGUAAAAUGGGUGAUACCGUCGAUAUGGCGAGCAUAAUGAAGUAUGUAGUAAAUAAUUUGAAUCAAUUACCAUCGUAUUGUUUUGCGGAAGAGAGCCUAAUGUCUGAUAGCUGUUCCAAGGCGAUAUCCACUGAAAAGAUUCACAACAAGGUACCCUUGGUCUCGUCAAAACAGAUUCAUCUGGGUUGCGAUAGCCUUGAACAACAUUCGAUGAUACCACCGCCGGGUUUCGCAGCUCUCGGUAAAAAACCCAAUCUAUCUAGCAUGUCAUCGAAAAGUUUUGACGAUAUAUAUUCCUUUGGAAACACAUCGAAUGUAAAGACAAGCUACGGCAACGCAGAAGUGACAACGAAUCCAUUCUUGAGUGGUCAACAAUUCGUGAACGACAAUGUCAUUUCUAAUGACAUAGCGGAGCAAAUAUUUAGACCGAUUUGGAAUGAAAACUUGCAAUUGUUCAUUACAUUGAGCCAGAUUUUAUGCGAUAUGGUAAAAUGUUCGCCGCUUAAUAGAAAAAUAUUUGAAAAUCACAUGACAAUUCAAUAUCAUUUGAAUAAGUUUCUCAAAAACUUCGAAAAGACGUUGAUAUCGGAUAAUGAUCAAUCUACAGUUAGCACAUCAUCAACAUUGCUUAAUCCUGCAAGAGAAACAAUGCUGGAUAAAGUCGGCUUAGCGGAAAAAACGCCGAUUAAUUCGAAUGCCGAAAAUUUCGUAAAUCAGGAACUUAUGGGCAUGAGUAAUUUAUCUUUGUCGAAUCCUUUCGAUGUCAAACCACCGCAGACUCACAACAUGUUUUCCGCUUACUGUUCAAACGGUUAUACUUUUGCGACCAACUGGCAUCAAUCUGACGGAUUCAGUCCGCGUGUUCAAGUGCCGUCUCCACUAACUCCAACUUCUGCACAUUCCAUGUUUAUGAAUUGCGGACCAUCAUCGGCCAAUGUUUUUUUUCCGAACGCCGGUCAGGGCAAUGAAAACUCUUCCGCGACGAAGUCGAUACCUCCAGUAAUACCGAUAAACACUGGACUCUCUAAUAAUUGUAAUUCUUCAAAUUUCUUCAAUACUGUGAAUAGUGAGAUGGUAUUUAAAGAGACGAAUCCUUUCAAGUUUUCUAUAGUUAAUGAUAUGCAGGAGAAACAAACUGAGCGAAUGACGAACAAUUAUGAUACGAAUUCUGUAUCAUAUCUAUCCGUUAAAAAUUUACACGAUCAUUCUUCAAAAAUGGAAGCUGCGAACAUUCAUGCGGCGAGCAUUGGCUCUAUAGCUGCAGAACAUGUUAACGUCAAUAGCGCUGAAAAUCACACUCCUAGAAUCAUUUACGAAGCCGGCCCGAUAAUGUAUAAUAAGCAGAAACAAACGGAUGCAAACAUGAAACAUAACACUGGAAAUAGCAAUUUUAAGAAUGAUUGUAACGUGACUCUCAAAAAACAUUGUAGUAAUAAGGAAUUGUCUUCGCAAUCUGCGAGGCAUGAUAGCUCGCACAUUGAUGAAGACUAUGUCACUCGACCAUCAACUGAUUAUACAUUGCAAGAUUCACCUUCGAUUAUAAACAGUGAACCGAAUUAUCAUCAGCAAAACAGUAAUAACGAGCGAACCGUCUUCCCUCAAACUUGGAAACAAGUUGAGAUUGCAGAACAUUGUAUUACCUCGCAAUUCCGAAAUGGCACUCCUUUACAAAAUCAUAAUGAAAAGCCUACACUUAACAAAUUUGUUAAUUUUUUAUCUCACAAAGACUGGAAUUGUAAUAAUAACAAAGAAUCUGUAACUCAAAGUAUGAAUGGAAUGGUUGAUUUAAGUUACAUUUUCCAAUGGAACGACAAAGAAAAACCGUUGGAUAUGUACAAAAAUUUCUGGAAUAAUCCAUCUUACAACGAGAAACAAAAAUUCACUGAAUGUAAAAAUGGGAACAGUGAUUUUUUUUUUGACACCUCUUUUGUGUUUCAGAAAAUUGAUUCAAUUAAAAAUGUGACAUUUAUAUUUCACAUUGAAGGAGAAGGUUGGAUGUUGACACACGAAUUUGUGGAGAUCUUUACAAAUUUGAAAUUAUGCUCUCGUCUGAUAGCUAUGGUUGAAGCGAUGAAUAUAAAAGCUGCAUUUAAAGAAAUCCAAAGAUCCGAUCACCCAGUACAAUUUUUACAACUUGACCAUUAUCCUUUAAAUGUUCCUCGAGAUUCCGAUAAGCACAUUGUUUCCAUUCAUUUAAUCUCGUUACAAACAGCAGUGUCAUUAUUGUAUAAAUUGAAGAUAGUCACUCGCGAGGAAAUAGAUAAUGCUUUCAAGAAAAAGGAGUUCUUGGAUGGUUCUGUUAUGCUUCAUAUGUGGAUGUUAAUCGUUAUUUACCGCGAUUUAAAACAACGCAUUGAAGAAUGCAAGUUAUGGAAUAUAAAUGCUUAAAAAGUGUUCACGAUGCAAAUAACUUUGUAUAACUUUUGUUCGUUAAGUUUACAUUUGUGAUCGGCGCCAUGUUCCUCUUUGUAUAAACAGUACAUAAAUUUUUUUUAAAAUUUUUUUAACAUUUAUAACGCGAAGAGAUGACAAUUAUCUUAUGUUUAAAUCACCAGAAAUUUUUGAUUCUUUAAGAUAUGAUGCUCUGAUAUAGAUUUAUCAUUUAAUUGUGAGUAAUCUAACCGAGCAUGAGAAUAUGAAAUGUACUAAAUUAGUUUCAUUUAUCAUACUAUUAUUUCUAAUAAUGUUUAACAUAAUUUUUUAAUGAAAAUACAUUACUAACAUUCCUUCAUUAAAUACAACUCGAUAGUCUUAAAUAUAUUAAAUGUUAAGAAAUAUUUUUGUACUCAGUUUAUCUAAAUGAGAAAAUAUAUGGAUGGAUAUAA